CCUCCCUUUCCCAAACCCCCGCGACCCAAGCCCCCCGGAUCCCCCAUCCUUGCUGCCCAGCGCCGCCGCUAAUCGCCGUUGACAUCGACAUCGCCGCACCGCCGGGUUUUGAAUUUUUUUGGAUGGGCUGAUUUGUGGGGCGGGCGGUGAGGAACGAUAAUGGCAGCGACGAUGUAGGGGAUAGGAACGACGGCAAAGACGUCGCCCACAAAAUCACUCUAGCUCCGACGGGAAUGAAUGUAGGGGGCGCAGGGUUAUUGAAUUGGAGCAUGGACGGGGGAGGAGAUGUACCGAAUAUAAAGAAGUGGACAGUGUUUUACCCAGUUUACAUCAACUCAAAGAAGACAGUGGCUGAAGGGAGACGGAUAAGCGUGAGCAACGCAUGCGAAAAUCCCACUUGUGCUGAGAUUGCCGAUUGCUGUGGCCAUCUCAAGCUCCCUUUUGCUAUUGAGAUAGAUAAGGCUUAUCCGCGCGAUUUCAUGCAAAGAGGGAGAGUGAGGGUAUUGCUGAAAAAAGAGGAUGGGACUCUCUGUAAUCCAGCCAUAUCUUCAAGAAAACAGCUGAUGCUUCGUGUCGCUGAGUUGGUACCUCGGCAUCCUGGGAGGGUGAAGAAGCAGGAGCCUUCAUCCACAUCCACUGCUGGACCUUCCAAAUCUGGAAAGGGUGGAAGAAAGAAGAGAUAGAUGCAGUGCUGUGAAUGCUAAUAUGAGUUUUCCUUUCAACGUGGUGGCAAGCAUAGGGGUUUGUCAGAUAUUUCUCCAAGCGUUAAAACGAAGCAGUUAACUGUAUAACCUUCUAAUGGGUUUGCUUGGAACGUUUUUGUUACUUGCUUGAAAGAAAACAAACGACAAUGGACAUUAGGUUUAUAUGAACACUAGUACAUUAAAAAUUGACAGGAAUAACCUGAGAGUUUCAAAACCGUUGUGGAUGUUAUUGCUUUGGCUCUGGCCGACACUGGUCGAAAGCCCUACGUGGUGAGUUACUGAAAGCACUGGUUUGGUGCCAUUUUGA